AAGUCUACCACCCUGGCCUCGUUACUCCUGGCAGUGCCCCAGUCAAGCAUGGUUAGGUGUCAAGAAGUCUAACCACGUCAAGUCAACUCACGUCCUACAGUGCCAGUGUAUGCCACGUCUAAUUUAACCACGUCAUGACAUGCCUGUCCAUGUCCCAUCAUCCCUAGAUCAGUUCCUUGAAGCUUAACUGCACCUCCUCAAGCUCCGACCAGCCUCGUCAAGACUAGCCAUAUACCGGUAAUGUAGCCAGGUUCUAUCAAGUCUAGUCACGCCGCAUCAAGCCACACUACACCGUCAAGCUAAGCCACUCACCGCCUACCCAAACUAAACCGCGAUAAGUUUAGACAUUCCACGUCAUGCCUAACCACGUCCCGUUAAGUCAAGCUAUGCACGUCAAAAGCCAGGGACGCCCCCAGAUUUAGACACCUCGGUCAAGCUCCUUGUGUCACGUUCAUUAUCUUUCCUUUGUGUUGUGUUCGGAGGGGAAGGGGAUGGUCCUGCUCUCAUUGUUGCGUUCCAUCUCUUUUAGGUGUAAUCCAGCCAACGUGGGCAUGGUCCAUCCCGCACGGGCGUGGUGUGACCUUAGAAGGUGCGAGUGACAAUGUUGGCACUGGAUGGUCCACCUCGUGAGGUCAACACUCAGCUAUCAGGCACCCCCAGAGGAGCGCAGAUGAGCGUCCUUGGCGCCAACCACAGACUGCCACUGACCAGCUCCCUACCUUCCUGUGUCUACGUAUUCCCUGUUGUACUUGUACUGGGUAAUACUUUAUUAAAGUUAUGCGAGACCAUGCCCAGGGUAUGAAUGUAUCAAGUGCCAUCCCGACGUAGAUGUUCCCACGCGUGCUGGCAGUGGCACGGGGACAUUAGAGAUGUCAGAACACAGCCUUGUCGAAUCCCACCUCACACUGUCUUAAAAAUCCUAUAUGGCAUAAGAGGAUGGUUGUGGAGGCCCUCGUGUGUGUUAUCACCACCAUAAUUGACUAACCCAUCUGCUCGGUGCCACCAGGCGCCUCUGAUAACAGAUAAGUGAGUACAUUUGACGAGGUUGGUUAGCUAUCAGCUACUGCAUUGUGGUGGCCGCGAGAGGAUACAGCUCUGGUACUAGUAUGGCUCCAGCUGCCACCAGAGUUGGUUGUGUGUCCUUCCUCUCGGCGUAUACAGUACACUCCACGCUCACCCUAACUUUGAAACAUUUAUCAUCAAUGAAAGUGUUAACCCACAUAAUAAUAUUAUAGAAAUACAGUGAAAUGAGCUGAAAAAAUAUAAAAUUUUAUGAUGACGUGAAAUGAAUAUAGGGAGAUAAUUCUUGGGUUUGCAGUGAUAUUUUGAAAGUUUAGUGAAUUUUAUGGAGUGUGCCUGAGGGGUACUGGUGAAGUAGACAGUGAAGUAAACGGUAAUGAUGAGUGUGGAGGGCUGAGGGAGGAUGAAGGUGGUUAUAAAGGAGCCGUAACUCCAACACCCUGACACCAAGUCUGCCCCCCCCCCAUCCCCCCAUCUCCCACGACUGACCUACUGAAAUUUGUACCCUUGUGGCGACGGUGAGUAUAAGAUCACAAGGAUGACAGAACACUAUGAUGUAGACAGUUUGGUGGCUGAGGUGCGCUCUCCUCAGUCUCCCUCCUUCUCAAACUUUCGAGAUCAAGGAAAUACUCCGAAGCCCAAAAAAUUCUUAAUGUCACGGAUGAUUAAAGAUGAAUGUAGCAAGCCCAUGCCGCCCCUAGAGCCCCUGGACUUUAGUGCCAGGGUGUACAAGCAAGAGAGUCUCUCCCCUUCUGCCAAGUUGCACCCUAAGAAGCGGCCAAGAACUGAUUCCCAGACAUUUAUUGAUGCAAAGUACUUUCCAGCGAGCCCGCCAAACACUCCUGUUUCUCGGUGCAAGUUUGACGACAAUGAUGAAGCUAAAGCGAAGAUUUGGCCAUCAGAUUUUCUCCUCGCUGACAAGGAACGCGAACACCUUGCACUUGGUUAUUGUUCACCUUCCAGUCCCUCGUCUGCAUAUAGGUAUGGCAGUCCCUCUAAUGGCGUCCUUAUCGACACUCCCAGAUCACUUUCAGCAUUUAGCAGAGUAUCGUCGCGGUCUUCGAUUGAAGACGGGAAUCUAUCUGAGGGUGGAACUUUGAAGAAAAGGAAGAGAAGUAGAUCUCCGGAGACGAGACACACAAAACUGAGCAGCAGCGAGGGUACUACAGCGCUGAAACCUUUCCCCGAUACCUAUGCUCUGGACUUGACGACUUCUCCCCAGAUGAAGCCCGAGGAUGAGUCUGCAUUUAUUCAGGCACGCUUCUUGCAGCAGCAACAAGCUACUCUUAACAUCAUCAAUUUGGCCAAUCCGUCUAGAUUUUUGGCCUAUUCACUCGGUCAGCCUCACUCUUUGGCCCAUAAUCCAGUCCGGCCUCAUUCCUCUGGUCAACUUGGAGUUACGUAUCCGUCCAGCCAGCACCGAGGUGUGGCUCAUCCAUCUAGCCAGCUUAGAGAAGCGGCGUUUCCACCAUCUGGCCAGCUUAGAGAAGCGGCUUGUCCACCAUGUGGUAAACAUCAAAGUUUAACUCAUCAAUCUAGUCAAGCCGAAGGACUAACUUCCCUGGUCGGCCAAUCUCGAGGUGUGGUUCAUUUAUCCGGCCAACGAAAAAGUGUAGUUUAUCCAACCGGUCAUCGUGGAGGCGCGGCUAACCUAACCGGUCACCGUGGUGUCGGUUAUUCAUCUGGUCAACCUCGAGAUGCGAUUUAUCCGGCUCGUGAACCAGUGAGUGUCACAAGUCCAUGGGGCCAAGCACGGGGGAGUGUUCAAACGUUCAGACAUUAUCAAGGGGGAUUUAACCCAUCUGACCAAACUCAAGGAGGUUCUCACCCUCCCAGUCAAACAGAAGGUCAUCAUGUGUUGGGUCGUCAGUUAAGAGAUGGCCAGCAAAUUGAGCUUUACGGUAUGAGUGCGACAGUGAGAGACGGUAGUGUUCCGCGGGUUAGCAAAGAACAAGUCGACCCUUCGGCUGGGUUGUUGAGUAACAGUGACAGUGAUAGAUCUCGCCUACUCCACUACAAGCUUAACUCGUUCACAAGUCUUCCCAACUCAACACAGCUUAUUACAGCAACAGG